CGCGCUCGGCCGCCCGGGGCUCGCUGUCCCGACUGUGCCUCUGCCUCCUCGGACCCCGGCGGGGCGGUGGCGUGCCGGGCCCGGAUUGGCUGCCUCGCGUCGCCUUUCCCCUUCCUGGUGGCGCAUUUCAGGUGUUCAUAUCCUUAUAUCCAUGACAAAUCUUGAUGACAAUAUAUGCAAAAGAUAUGUAAAGAUGAUAACUAACAUAGUUAUACUGAGCCUGAUCAUUUGCAUUUCUUUAGCCUUCUGGAUUAUGUCGAUGACUGCAAGCACCUAUUAUGGUAACUUAAGGCCCAUUUCUCCUUGGCGUUGGCUGUUUUCUGUUGUUGUUCCUGUUUUGAUCGUCUCUAACGGCUUUAAAAAGAAAAGUCUAGAUCAUAGUGGAGCUUUAGGAGGGCUAGUGGUUGGAUUUAUCCUAACCAUUGCAAACUUCAGCUUUUUUACCUCUUUGCUAAUGUUUUUCCUUUCUUCUUCAAAACUCACUAAAUGGAAGGGAGAAGCAAAGAAGCGUCUAGAUUCAGAAUAUAAGGAAGGAGGGCAAAGGAACUGGGUGCAGGUGUUCUGUAACGGAGCUGUGCCCACGGAGCUGGCCCUGCUGUACAUGAUAGAAAAUGGCCCUGGGGAGAUCCCGAUAGAUUUUUCCAAGCAGUACACUGCUUCCUGGAUGUGUCUGUCUCUCCUGGCUGCACUGGCCUGCUCUGCCGGAGACACGUGGGCUUCAGAGGUUGGCACAGUUCUGAGUAAAAGCCCACCAAGGCUGAUAACAACUUGGGAGAAAGUUCCAGUUGGGACCAACGGAGGGGUUACAGUGGUGGGCCUCAUCUCCAGUCUCCUUGGGGGUACCUUCGUGGGCAUUGCGUACUUCCUCACACAGUUGGUUUGUGUGAACGAUUUAGACAUUUCUGCUCCCCAGUGGCCAAUUAUUGCAUUUGGGGGUCUAGCUGGAUUACUCGGAUCAAUUGUGGAUUCCUAUUUAGGGGCUACAAUGCAGUUUACUGGUUGGGAUGAAAGCACUGGCAUGGUGGUCAACAGCCCAACGCACGAGGCAAAGCACAUAGCAGGGAAACCCAUUCUCGACAACAACGCAGUGAAUCUGUUUUCUUCUAUCCUUAUUGCCCUCUUGCUCCCAACAGCUGCUUGGGGUUUUUGGCCCAGGCAGUAAAUUUUUAUUUCAUUUCCACAGGUUAAUACUGGUGAGUCCAGCUAAAUUCACAAUUCCAACUGUCAUCCUAAGAAUGAUAAUUACAGUGGCAAAGCAGCCUUGCCUGCUCCUCCCAUACUCCAUUUUGAUGGAAUUGCAUUUUCCUCUAAAUUCUCUUGUAACUGCCAGGAUCUUUCUCACGAAAGAGUUCACAGAACUUAGGCAUAUUUUUAUUCUGCUGAAUGUAGGUUCUUGAGCAAUGAAGCUGUCUUGUCCCUUACAUAACUGCUAUAUGUUGAUCUGAAAAUUUCCUACAUGGUGAAUGUCAAAUUUUACAUCAUUUUGCUUGUUUAAACCAACCUAGAGACCAAACGUGAUGAUGUUUAAAGGUUCUCAGUUGAGGCAGAGAAAUGCUACUAUACCAGUUAUCCAAUGUCAUAUCUGCCUUAAAUGGUUUAAGCUGAUACUUGUGGAAGCCUAAAUAAGCAUAGUGUCCUGGACUUCUCCCAUCACUUUGCAUCGUAGUUGUGAAAAAUGUGGAAAUUGGUCCCUACUGAGUUAUGUAGCUUAAUCUACUUUUGUUCUUUCUUUCUCAGGGUUAGUGAUGCAAAAAAGUAAAUAAGUGUCUUUUUUUACAUGACCAUUAUAAAGCAUGAAAGAAAAAACUUUUUAAAAGCAAAAGAAAUUUAUCUUGUAUCUAAAAAAAAUGUGCACCUUACUAUAUAUUUCAAUUGCUCUGUGAACAGAAACUAUCUUGAGUUCAAUAUUCUUAAUGUAUUUUCUAGCUUUCUUUGGAAUGUGUGUAAGAAUCAGAUCUAGUAUUGGCAUCCUGUACCAUUAAGAAGUCACUGGAAGGGCGGCGCCUGUGGUUCAGUGGGUAAAGCGCCAGCCCAUGUACCAAGUGUGACGGUUUCGAACCUGGCUCCGGCCAAACUGCAACAAAAAAUAGCCAGGCGUUGUGGCGGGUGCCUGUAGUCCCAGCUACUCGGGAGGCUGAAGCAAGAAAAUCGCCUGAGCCCAGGAGUUGGAGGUUGCUGUGAGCUGUGUGAGGCCACAGCACUCUACCGAGGGCCAUAAAGUGAGACUCUGUCUCUACAAAAAAAAAAAGUCACUGGAAAAUUAUUUUUUUUUUAAUUUGCUAUCCUAUGAUUUGCUGGGAAAUGGUGUGAAUCCCUGUUAUGUACAUUUACGUUGUGCUCUCCUUUUCAUUGUAGCCUCGACUAAAGUGAAUCCUGCUCUUCAGUUUGUGCUUCAUUCUGAUGUACUGUGCGCUAAGGGAGUUUUGACGUGGUAUAGAUUAUUUUACUAAAAGUUUUAAAUGUGAUUUCCCUACCUUUUUCUCCCUGCCCCUUUUGCUUACUUAAGAAAUUGGGAGAGGAAUCCUGGAAUAAACCACCACAAGAGUGAAUGAAGGUUAGAAUUAUUUAUUGGUGACUACAUAGUGCCAAUCUAGAACUGACUUAGUUUAGAAAGGAAAACAAAACAGUCACAUCCUUAAACCUUAUGCCAAUCAAAUCAGUGAGCUGCCACCAUUGGUUUUCAACUUUGGGUAGACAUUGGAAGCACCUAGGCAUGUUUUUUUUUUAAAAAAAUACAGUAGAACUCUGUAAGUUGACCCUCCCCCAAGGGACUAUAACAAACUGAUCAACAUAUAGAGGUGGUCAACAUAAGGAACUAGGCCCACUGUACUGAUUCAGAAAUAGGUGGUCAGUGUAGGGAGGUAGUCAGCUACGGAGGUUCUGCUGUACUUGGGUCUAGGGUUCAGGCCUCAAAAUCCUGAUUUACACGAUCUAGGGUAUGGCCUAGACUUUGAGACUUGUUAAAGCUGUGGCAGCACAUUAGAAUGUGUGAAGAUGAGGCCCUUGCAUGGCUAUUUUUAGAAAGCUCUGGGAAAUUUUAAUGUUUAGCCAGGUUGAGAACUACUGAAUACGAAUAUCCUUAAAACACUGCAUCUAACAGCAGCAUUGACAGACUGGGACUUUUCAUUUUUAAGGGGACAGCUGUUAGCUGCAGCACUGCACACUAUCCUUACAGAGACUAGCUCCUGGUAAAUUACACAGGCGUUGCAGCCACAUCACUUCCCAGGCCACUAUGUCAGUUGUUCAUGCAGCCUGCACGUUGUUCUAACAUGCUUUUCUUUUUUUUUUUUUUUUGCCUGGAAUUGUAUCCUCUUCACAUACUGUGGGACAAAAGUAUUUACUGGGAGCAUCUUUGGAUUUAGUAGAAUCACCACAUCAUUAAGAGUUUGGAAAAAUCCUGCCUUGCAAUUUUUUGUUUGAAAUCUUAGGGCUAGUUAUAUUUUGGAAUCAAAUUUCUUCAUGAUUUUAGAAAAGAAAUAGAGGUUAUAAAAUAUUUCAGGCUGGACACAGUGGCUUAUGCCUGUUAAUUCUAGCACUUCUGGGAGGCCAAGGCAGGUGGAUUGCUUGAGAUCAGGAGUUUGAGAUCAGCCUGAGCAAGAGUGAGACCCUAAAAAUAGCCAGGGGUUGUGGUGGGUGCCCGUAAUCCUAGCUACUGGAGAGACUGAGGCAAGAGGAUGCUUGCUUGAACCCAGGAGUUUGAGGUUGCUACCAUGGCACGGAAUGAAUAAAAUAUUUCACUCAAAACUACUAAAAAAGUCCAAGGUAGCAUCCAUUAUCAAAUAUACACCUGUUAUAUGGUGCAUUUUGAAGAGCUCCACUAAGUGUGAUAAAGAGCCUCAGAUCAGAUUGGGUCAGAUUUUGUCACCAAACUUGUGAAGAAACUUUCUGCUUUUCUAGCAUUUGGUUAUGAAAAUUGCAGAUAAGGAAUUGUGGCUGUGUCUUUUUUUUUUUUAAUCUUAGAAAUAUUUUACUGCAACAUCUUUUAUAAUCGGAUGUUUAACUAAUUAAACUUUUCUUCCCCUUUUCAGAGUAGGCAGUUUAUAUUAAAAAAAAAAAAAACACUGUUCAUGGAAAGAGCUCCAUGUGACAGUGUGAUGAAACUAUGCGUGCUGCCUACCUAGGGAGCAGAAAGUAUACUAUUUCUCAUCAUACUGGUACACAGUAGAGGGGAGCGAAGUGCAUGUGACCCAGGGCAGCUUCCAGAGGAGCCUUAAUUAAGGAGUAGCAUGUUAAAGACACAUCCAUUGGCGCCAACAGGAAAGCAAAGUGUUGACAUAGCUUUUCUCACUACUUGAGUAAUCUGCGUCUCUUACAUCUCCUCCUGGUUUCUAGUGCUAUACCCAGUGUGUAUGUAGGAUGCCGGCUGCAGAAAUGCCAACCCUACCAUCAUUUGAUAAAGGCCUAGGACAGAGAGAAAUCAUGUGAAAAGAUGUUUUAAGCUUUGCAACAUGCCAGCAAUAUUAACAGCAUCUGCCCAUUAUGCAAAGUGGGUAUGCCCUAUAGGGCCCAGUCACCGUCCUGAUGUCUGUCUAAUGCUCCCAGUGCUGUCACAAAGAGAAUGAACUAUACUAAAUGAGCAAAUCCCAGGUGAAUCUUGUGUGCUUUAAAAAUGAAAAAAACAAAAAUAAAUAAAAUUAAUCUGCUUAUAGAGUAUCUGUUGCUAUAACUCCCAUGUGGUCUUGAAUAUUGUAAAAAUAUAUGCGUUCAAUGUGUAUUUAUUGAAGCAGUGCUUAAAAGUCACUGCAACUUGAUAAACAGCAAUGUAUUCCUGGAGGGAAAUAAAAAAUAAAGAACAGUUUGGCUCCCUGAAUUUCUGGGGAUGAUUCCAACAUUUCUCAAUCAUGUGAAACAAUACUUUUGAAACUAAUAAGCAAAGAAAUCAUUGUCAUUAUAGAAGAAGCAAAAGAGGGCAGUGUCUGUGGCUCAACGGAGUAGGGCGCUGGCCCCAUAUGCCGGAGGUGAUGGGUUCAAAAACCCAGCCCUGGCCAAAAACUGCAAAAUAAAUAAAUAAAUAAAGAAGAAGCAAAAGAGUGGCUGGGCAAGGCUUCUGACAUUGUUUUUCCUGGCAAGACUGAAUGUUAAUUCUCUUGCCCCACUUAGCAGCCU